UUGUCUGGCUACCCCUGGGUCCUUCUCCGAGCACCCCCAUGGCCUGAGCGGCGGGGCUGCGAAAGAGCCAGAAGGGGGUGUCUCAAAUUGUGAGGGGGCUUCCUUUCCACCUGCCAGCCCUGCAGGGUCGACCCAGGCCCCUGGAGAGCCGUUGGCAGCCCGGGAAGGGCUGGUGGGGGGGCUCCCCAGCCGGGGAGAGGCAGGUACUGGAUUCCCCAGCCCUUCCAGAUCAUGGGACUCAAGCUGCCUUAAUGAAGGCCCCUGGGAGCGCCAGCUGGCCAGUGGUGUUCCCUCGGGAGGAGGAGGAGGAAGAGGAGGAGGAAGAGGGCGAAGAAGAAGGAGGAGGAGAGGCAGCCCCACCGUGGAUAUGGGGUCGCAGGUCCUGCAGAUCUUACGCCAGGGCGUCUGGGCUUCGCUGACCGGCGGCUGGUUCUUCGACCCGCAUCAGAGCACUUUCUCCAACUGCUUUCACCUCUACACUUGGAUCUUUCUGCUCGUCCUCCCUUUCCUGCUCUACAUGGUGAUGCCUCCCAGCCUCAUGGUCGCCGGGAUCUACUGCACGGCGGUGGCCGUCUUCUUCACGACGGUUAAAACCGUCAACUACCGUCUGCACACCAUGUUCGACCAGGGGGAGAUCGUGGAGAAAAAUUCGGUUCUGGUGGAAUCCGGCAAGCUCGACGAGAGGGCGGCUGCUGACGACGACAAUUUGACCAGGUGAGAACAGGCCGUAAGUGCGGGCAGACUUGCAACAGUUCGUUUAGGGACUGCCUGAAGUUACAACGGCACUGAAAGAAGUGACUUGGGAACAUUUUUCACAUUUACGACCGUUUUGCACACACACACCCCAUUUUGGUCGUGUGAUCCAAAUUCAGACGCUUUGACGACUGAUUCGUAUUUCUGAGCGUUGCAGCGUCUGGGGGUCAUGUCAUUCCGUUUGGAGACCUUCAACGGGAAGCCCGAUU